AGCCAUGCAGGCGUUGAUGCUACUGUUGCUGACCUUUUGCGUUCAGGGGAGCAUUCAGCAGAUAAUUCACACACUGGAAGUUCCUACAGUGGUCAAAGGGGACUGUCUCCAUGACGACCACAGUUGCUCUGCUUUGACAGGCACACAGGAGGUGACGACUCUAUCAUCUCACAUCAACCAGCUAUCAUCUCAAAAUUCUGAAGGCGUGUAUGAACAUGUUAAAUCCACUGAGAUGACUCCAACAAAUCCAGGAACCAGCAAACUGAAACUUCUGCAAAAGCAAGAUGGCGAUAAUGAACCGGAUGCUUUAUUCAUGCAACCCCUAUGGACACCAACACUUUCACCCAAUCAGGAUUUAACUCAAGCUAAUUUUCCUUCAGCUGCACUUGAGAAGGACACAUUACUUUUGGGAAAUGUUGAAACUACUAUUUCAAGUCCUCACGCUCAGCCUGAGCAGCCUACAGUUUCAGGUCCCGCUUCAGAAUGGACAAGUUCAGAGAGCUAUACGCAAGUUAGAGACACCACCGUGAACUUUUGGAACGUGGUUACCAGCAGCCAUUCAUCAACCGAACCUGGAGAAUCAGCACCUUCAACAGAGGAACCGCCAGUCUCCACUGUUUUGGUCUUCAGAGCAGAAGGAGAAGAAAUAUCUUCUGAGAGAAAAAUGGAGGAGCAUUUUCAUGUACAAGUGCCAAAUCCAAAUGAGUCCACUCAGACUCCCAGCAAAGAAGCAGGAAGUAGAAGCAAGCUGGAAACAGAACAAAGAUCCAAAGAGCUUCCUGAAACUGACAGCGAUGAAAAUGAUGAAGACUUGAGAGUGGAGAAGCAGGAGGAAGAGGGCCCAAAUAACCUUCAACUCCUUGAGGAACAUGAGCCACUAUCAACUGGCAAUUUCACUACGUUUAGUCCUGCAGAAUCCUUCCAAUUAGAGCGUGAAUUACCAACGAAUGCUCCUACAACAAUUAGCAAUCGUCCUCAACUCGUAAGACCAGGGACUCAAGGUCAAAUGGGCCUGCCUGGUCCACCAGGUCUGACCGGACUUCCAGGCCCAAAAGGAGACAAAGGUAAUUUAGGCAUGGUGGGAAGAACUGGACAGACCGGAGUUAUGGGGCCCAUUGGUCCACCUGGCAUGUCCACUAUUGUUCUAGUUGAGACAUCUGAGGAGGAGUGGGAGAAACUGAAGGGGCCUCCAGGACCUCCUGGACCUCGUGGAAAUGUGGGACCAAUUGGGUUGCCUGGAAAUCUCGGGAAGCAAGGCCGGAAAGGAAUUCGCGGAAAAAUUGGUGUACCUGGUCCACAAGGUAUGCCAGGGCCACAAGGCCGACCAGGCAAUGAUGGGACUCCUGGGGAGAAUGCAGAGCCAGGACCCCCAGGCUUGCCUGGAGAACAGGGACCACAAGGCUACAAUGGAGAUAAAGGCAACAAAGGGGAGCCGGGUGAGUGGGGUUAUGAGGGGGAGCCUGGACCACCAGGCAAUAGAGGUAGAAAAGGAGACAAGGGGAAUAAAGGUGUCAGAGGCAUCAUCGGGAUUCCUGGCUACUUGGGAAUAGCAGGAGCCAGGGGUCCAACAGGUUUCCCCGGAAGAACAGGAACACGGGGGCCAACUGGUGCGACAGGCUUUAGCGGACCACCAGGCCCACAUGGCAAAAUGGGUCCAAGAGGAGGAAAAGGCGUCCCAGGAGUAAAGGGACCUCCUGGUCAACAAGGUGACAUCGGUCUUAGAGGAGCGGUUGGACCUCAGGGAGAGCCUGGUCCUGUUGGAAUCGUUGGUUUUCCGGGAAUACGCGGUCCUCAGGGGAACCCGGGACCUGUUGGACCCCCAGGUCCAAAGGGAGAUACGGGUGGUCCAGGAGAUGAAGGAGACAUAGGGGAACCUGGACCCGAGGGUCUUUACGGAGCCAAUGGGAAUCCAGGAUUGCCUGGACCCUCAGGUGAUCCCGGGGUGAAAGCUAUGCGUGGUCAAAGAGGUGCUCCAGGAUUUAAGGGAGACAUAGGGCUCCCGGGGCCUCCAGGUAAGCCAGGAUAUAAGGGCCGUCGGGGCCCAAUGGGACUCGAGGGACUUGCAGGGCCAACGGGACCCGUAGGACUUCCUGGACCCGACGGAAUGGACGGCAUCAUGGGAGAGCAAGGCAAGCAAGGCAAAGAUGGAUUAAAGGGAGAUAGGGGGCCUACAGGCAUUCAAGGAAGUCCUGGAACCCGAGGAGACAAGGGUCGAGAGGGUCGCGCUGGAUUUUCCGGAAUGCCAGGUCCUUUUGGACAGAUGGGAAAAAGUGGAGAGCGAGGGCACGACGGAGAACCUGGUAUAAAGGGAAGGCCAGGUGUCCCAGCCACAAGUGGACCAAAAGGCUUUAAGGGUUUACGGGGUUAUUCAGGAACUGGAGGACAAGAUGGAAUCGAUGGAGCCAUGGGACCUGUUGGUGCAAAUGGAAUAACUGGAGACACUGGACCUCCAGGUCCAAAAGGAUUUUCAGGGAAGACGGGCGCAAGUGGCCAGCAGGGACCUGUCGGGGCGAGUGGAGAAGCUGGAAGUAUAGGAAUGAGUGGAAUACCUGGAAAAAUGGGAAAGAGUGGGGCAAAAGGAAAAGAAGGAUCGAAGGGACGAGUAGGGAUGGAAGGCGACAAGGGCAAAAGAGGUGAAAAGGGGCCAAGAGGCAAACCAGGUCCCUCAGGCAAGAUGAGCAUGGCUGGACCACGAGGACACACAGGACCUCCAGGCACCCAGGGCAACAUUGGACCAUGGGGCGAGGUUGGACCACGAGGUCAUCCAGGUGAACAGGGGUCACGAGGAGCUGUUGGCCCUACUGGGGUCAUAGGUUAUCCUGGUAAAGACGGACUUCAAGGAUCAAUUGGCCCACCUGGAGUCAAAGGUGCAAAGGGACCUAAAGGAGUUGUCGGAGAGGAGGGACCUGCAGGUCUCGAUGGUGAGGAGGGUCCACCUGGGCGUAGAGGGACUGAGGGAUCCCCUGGACAAAACGGAACAUCUGGCGAUAAAGGAAGCCAAGGCCCCCCUGGUCAGCGAGGUCCAAAGGGAACUGCUGGUGACCAAGGUGUUAGAGGUUCCCAAGGAGUAAAGGGUCGUCCAGGAAAGCAGGGACAUACUGGAGCACAGGGGGACAGAGGCAACCCAGGACCUCUUGGACUUAAGGGUUCGCCAGGCCAAAGAGGUCCCCAAGGCAUGCCGGGACUGUUUGGAAAAGGGGGAGACACUGGAAAAGCCGGAAGCAAAGGGCACAAGGGUUUUCAAGGACACACAGGCUCCCCUGGCCGCAUCGGACCCCCGGGACGAAUAGGUCCAUCAACAACAGGUUUUGCAGGCAAGAGGGGCCCUGAUGGCAAACCUGGGAAUGCUGGACCAAAGGGCGCUAGUGGAAAGAAAGGUGAGCUUGGUCCUUCGGGCGUUAAAGGCAAAAUGGGAAUGAAGGGUGAAAAGGGAGCAAAAGGAGAGGCAGGAACUCAAGGCACAAUGGGUAAACUUGGAAGGAUUGGCUUUAUUGGCCCUUCUGGGUCAAAAGGUCGGCCUGGACCGGUUGGUCCUCCUGGUCUUCCUGGACGUAAAGGAAUUCAUGGGGCAACUGGAUUGGAAGGUCAACCUGGUAGAAAGGGGAACAAAGGAGCGCCGGGAAAAACCGGAGCUGAAGGCCCACCAGGCAAGCGAGGACCUAAGGGGGAACGUGGGAUAGCUGCAAGGUUUGGAUGGUUUGGAUGGAUUACAUGGGCUUCAGGGUACUGAAGGCUAUCCGGGAAAUGUUGGCCGCACAGGAGAACCUGGAACCCCGGGCAGGCCUGGUAAACAGGGGUCACCCGGACCACCUGGUCUUAGAGGAAACACCGGAAAACAGGGCAUUAAGGGUCAAACUGGACCUGGAGGAGAGACAGGACCUCCUGGACCAAUUGGGCCAAAGGGUAUCCCCGGACUGUCAGGAGAGAAGGGUGAUGAAGGAAUAAGAGGUCCCAAGGGUCACCAGGGUGAAAAGGGGUUGCAAGGUCCAGUUGGUCCAGCAGGGAUAAAGGGGAAGUCUGGUCUGCAAGGUGGAAAAGGUGUAACAGGGCAUAAAGGAAAGCAGGGGGAUACCGGACCUCGUGGCUCACCUGGACAAAAAGGCCCGCCUGGAUACGCUGGCCAGACUGGAAUGAAG